AUGAAGGAAGACCUUGGUAUGAAUUUGACGAAUAUUAUGUGUUGGCGAGCUAAGGAACAAGCACUUGAAUAUUUGAGAGGAAAACCUUCGGCAUCAUACGGAAAUCUACCUGCAUACAUUCAUGUUUUGAACACUACUUAUCCAGGUUCACAUAUACGAAUUAAAAAGCAUGAAGAUAAUGAGUUUUUGUAUAUUUUUGUCGCACUAACUACAUUCAUACAAGGGUUCGAUCACUGUAGACCUGUGAUAGUUGUUGAUGCAAGUUAUCUUAGAGGACUAUACAGUGGCACAUUUGUAGCUGCAUGUACCAUGGAUGGAGCCGGCCAUAUAUUUUCAUUGGCAUAUGGAAUAGUAGAUUCUGAAAAUGAUGCAUCCUGGACAUGGUUCUUUCAGAAUCUAAAGGAAGCAUACGGUGAAAGAGAACAUAUGUGUAUAGUUUUCGAUCGUAACCCAAGCAUUAUAAAAGCUGUUGCUGGAGUGUAUAAUAAUGUACCACAUUAUGCUUGUAUGUGGCAUCUAUGGGGUAAUGUGAAAAAAAAUUUUAGGAAGUCACAUGAUGCAUUGUCUGAAAUCUUCUAUACCAUGGCGAAAUCAUACUCAAAGUCUGAAUUUCAUAAUUUAAUGGAGAAAGUGGAGCUAGUUGAUGUUAGGAGUCAAUUAUCAGCUAGAGAACUUCCAAUAUAUGAUUUUUUAGAGGAAGUUAGAUUGAUGUUUGGUAGAUGGAACUGUGAAAACAGACAGGAGGCAUUAUACACACGCACGGAUCUUAUCGAAAAAUUUCAAGCAAUUCUCCAACAGAAUGAAGCAGAGUGUACACGUAUGAAGGUUAUACCAGCGUCAGAGUACGUCUAUACUGUCCACGAUAAGGAGAAACAUUUUAUAGUUUGUUUAAAGGAAAAAAAAAUUUCUUUUCAUGCAUUCCAAUUGGAUGAGAUACCAUGUGUGCAUGCUUGUGCUGUACUUGAUAGCAAGAAUCUUGAAAAAGGACCAUAUUGCUUUAAUCUAUACAAGCCAAAAACUGUACUGAGAACGUAUGAUCUUCCUGUAUAUCCUCUACCACAUAAAGAUGAUUGGGUGAUACCUCAGGAAAUUUUAGACGAAGUAGUUUUGCCUCCAAAAUACAAGUGGCCCCCUGGAAGACCUGCAAAGAAAGAGCUCGGUAAAUCAGGAAAAGAUAUGUUUGGAAAGAAAAGCAAAAAUUAUUGUAGUUCAUGCGGACAAAAAGGUCACAAUAUGCGUUCAUGUAGGAAAUACAACAAAUGA